ACCUACACAUAGGCACAAUCUGCUGUGCCAAUCUCAGUGCAGCACAGAGGCAGCUGGUCUUCCUCACUUUUUCUUCCUUUCUUCAUUUCUCUUAAUUGUCUUGUGUACUGGAGUGAGCGUUGGGAGAGAACCACAGAGAGAACAUCUGCACAUCAACGUAGCACUGCCAUGUCAUCCGUGUGUCCACGUCUAGUCUUUGUGCUCCUCUUUGCCUUUUGGAGCUGGAGCUGUUCUACCAUGGCCUUUCCUUUUAACAUGUCCAUGGACGGCAGUGGAGACGAACAGGAACUGAUUUUCCCAACGUCCCGUGCCACCCACUUACCUCCACCCUCACCCACGCCUAUACUAAGCAUCACCACCACCUUCAUCCUCAUCAAGCACUUCCUGUUUCAUGAGGUGGUGGACUUCCUGCGUGACAAUAUGCUCCUCAUCAUCGUGGUGAUGUCACUGCUCAUUGUCAUCAUCUUCAUUGCAUGUUGUGCCUCAGCCAUGAGCCACAAACGCAAACUCGAGGCCUACUACCCACCCAAGAAACAUGCACAGAGGAAGUAUGUGGCUGUAUCAAACAAGGGGGCAGAGCAAAGCCUGCUGGUGCCCAACAAUGCCACCACGAGCUACCUGCGUGCUCCAUCUAAAGCUCUAGUGGGUGAAAAAGGCAAAGAUCUUAGACCAAAACCGAAGGAGGUACAGAAAGCGGAAGAUGUGGAGGAAGUAGAGGUGCAAAAGGAAGAAGAAAAGAAGAAGAAGGAGGAGCCCAAGCCAAGCACAUCCACGGAAGGUAAUGGCCAGGCACCUGUGUGCACUUGCCACCUGAGGAAAGCAAACCAAGCCUCGCAUUGAAAAAACAGACGGGAUGUUGAGGAACACCUCUCUUCAAAGGACUUGUGGAUUUGGAAUAAGUACAUCUCUUGUAAAUUCAUUGGAUGGAGAUAGAGAUACUAGACCUUCUGCUUCUGAGAUGUCAGUUAUUCAAUUUUGUACCAAGCAAUAUGUCAAGCUGAAUUUAAAGGAGAUAAGAUUCAUCUUUUAUACACCAACUUACACAAUGCUAUUCCUCGAUUUGAGCAAUCCUUUCGAUUAUUGGAAAUGUUCUCGAUGUGCUCUUCAUCACGCUAGUGGUAAUGAUCACUCUCUGUCUUUGUUUGGAAUUCAAAGUGUUUAUCCCAUUUCAGUAAACACCCUCAUUGUUAGAUAAUAUAAAAGCAAAUAUAUUGAAAUCACCGUAUAGAGAAAAUGUUAUAUUAUUACAUAUAAUGCUUGUUUUUAAUAUUCAGGGUCAAGUUUAUUCUUUUGGAAUUCAUCAAUGACUGUCUGAGGUCAUUACCAAAACCAUGGUGGAGUAUUAAAUGAGGAAUAAAACACUAAGGGGUGUGCUGAUUUAGCAAAACAAUCAAUAAUGGAGAAAUGUGAUGUGGCCAAAUUCCUGAUAUCACCUCAAUUUUUAUUGUUUUCAUAUAAUCCUAAAGUCUUAUUAUUAAAGAAUUUUUGAUAUUAAUGAACCACAUAUUUAAUGUUUUGCAACAUUUAUGAAACAAGUCAGUUUCUUAUAUCACAUACAUUAUAGCAUCUAUAACCCAUCAUUCCCUCAGCAGCCUCUUUGCUUUUCUCUGUAUUAAAAUAACCACAAAUAAAUGUAGCUUUUCACUUUAUUUUGAGAAACCACGAAGUGAAAAUCCACCUAUCUUUAUAGUUAUAGUUAUAGAAGUGGAGACUCCUUCCAAAAAUUUGAAUUAAACAUAUGCAUACAGAAAAACCUCACCAAAUCAAUGAUAAUGUUUUAGAAAAAAUUUUUGUUUGAAAGCACGCAUUAAAAUAAACCUGUGAUUUGCAGCUGGCGUUACUGUCGGAGUUACUGUUACUGCAAUAUUUUUGACCAAUCAGGUUUAAGUAUUCGACAUUGCUGCGGUAUAUAACUUGUUUAAGCAAUGUUAAGCAAAGUUCUAAAUGUGUGCUUUGCUUUAUGUGACUUGAAAUCUUUUAACUACACAUUACUGUUUACAUGAAAUCAUUAAUAAGAAAAUAAACAUUACAGCUGACUUCAACAGUCAGGAACCAUGUGCUUUCUGAUACAGUUUUUUUGGCAUUGGAUCUGUUUACACUUUCAUAUUUAUGUAGUUAAACCCUACCUGGACCUGACCCUAAUAUCCAACACACACAUAACAUCUCAGCAGGUGUAAACAGAUUCGUUGUCUUCUUUCUUUUAUCAGUGCCUUUCCAUUGAAUAUUAUUUUGUGUAUUCAGACUUGUAUUGACUUUAUUAAGUGGCUUUUCACAACUUCUUAAGUUAAUAUCUGUUUUUUUUUUUCAGUAUACUUUGUAAUACAUGUUCCA